AUGAUUCAUUUCUAUGGUGACAAUGUACCCAUGAUGGUCCAAUCAACAGUCUUCGAGCCGGCGAGAGGUCUUGGUUUUGACAUCCUUGAGGAUGAUUGGGCGCUAAAGGGGAGCGCGGGGAUAAGGCUGCCUAAAAGGUCCUCAGUUUCCUCUCGCCGCGCUGCCCCGCCAUGCACGCUAAACGGUCCGCUAUAUCACCGCUACAAGCCGCGUAAAUGGUGUCGCCUCGGGCACUGCCUCCUUACGCCGGAUGCGCACCUCCUCGGUUUCCGCUCGCCCCAUGCUGCACUCACCUCGCCUGUUGUAAGCCUGUUUGUUGCCGCUGCUUCUACUGUUGCAGUGUACGCAGGUCACGAGUCGGGCAUGCAGCAUGUCUUUAAGGUCACACAUGCUGCAGGCGUUGGUACUGUUCCUGCCACCGCUACUGUCGCCGCUGCUGCAACAACUCAUGGUGGCGGAGGUCGAGCUCUUGUGUUCGCUGCAGACUGUGAAGCGGAGGCUCUAGCUUGGAUCGCUCAAAUAAACCAGUACGCACAAGGCAUCACGCCGUGCCGCGUGGAGUCCUUCAUCGGUCAUCAAUGUCGUCAGGCCCACCGUCAGCACCGUCGUCGUUCUAGUGAUGUGGUGGAUGCACUCUCCCUCACCGACUUCGCGCGCACAGCUUCCACGGUGUCAGUGGGUUCACGACGAAAAAGCGUGGUUGCCCUGGAGACUCGACCGCAUAGUCUCUUCCUACCCCCCGUCCAGACAUCCCCAACUUUUCUUGGCGGAGUGGAAAUGACGCUGCCACAACGACAGCAACCACCGCCUCCACUGCCGGCGCCAAAUACUUUCGAUGUAAAUCAGGAGGACAGUGGAUUUUCAGGUUUGAUAUCUUCGAGCAGUUCUGCGACCGACGGUACCAACGGAGAAGCUUCUGAUCAAAGAAAUUCAGCGCUAGCGACUACUAGUGUUGCCAAUCCUCCCCCGUCCUACCAACGUCAAAGCACAGCAUCCACCGUCUCCACAUCUGUUUCCACCUACGACUUUCUUCAGUCUCGAGCGUCAGGUCUGCUAUCCUCGGUCCGCAGGAAGGUGGUUGACUCGCUUAGUCUCCCGAAACGGCGAUCUCUUAUUCUUCCUUCUCGACCAUCGGAUGGUUUGGAAGUGGCUCAAUCAUCGUCAUCUCCAACGCUACCGACAAGGAGGUUUGGAUGGGCUCAACUUGAGGCGGUGAUAGGAAACGACGGGGCUCUGGGUGGGGCUGGUUCCAUGACCUCACCGAGGGCUCGAGCUUGGCGCAGUGUUCGGGGAUUGACGGGGAGGAUGGCAAUGCAGCAUCAGACGCUAAAGUCAUCGUCAUCAACGUCGUCUUCGUCAGCAAAUACAAGUUUGGAUGAGUCAGUGCUGGCGGGCGAUAUCUUUAUUUCCAUUCCUGGUCGUCUUCCAUGGACACGUCGAUGGUGCGUGUUACAUGCCUCCGUGUUGGAGAUUCACGCCUCUACAUUGGGCAUGGAAUACGGCAACGGCAGUGCAUCGCCUCGCCCUCCUCUUUCUCCCCCUCCCCUCCUCCUCAGUCUGCCGUUGCAACCAGGCGUGGUGGAAGUCUCUCCGGCUGCAGAUAAACGCCACCCAUCUGCUGUUCGUCUGUCCGCGUCCUCUCUUACGCCGCUACUACUUCUUCUCGAUGCUGGAGACACUGUGGUGAUGGGACGCUGGAUUCGAGCUAUCAUUGAGGCUCUUGGACACAUCACACAAUCAAAUCUCGUCUCCACUUCCUCUAGUACGGCUGGUACUACUAUCUCGCCGAAGAAUGGCGGUCGCCCCUCUGCACUGACAACAGUACCUUCGCGUCGGCUCUCUGAGAUCCUACGUCCACCUUCGCCCGAACCAAUCUACGACGAAGUUGCUGCCAUCGCGACUGCGUCAAAGCGGUGGACGUGGACGGCCUCGCCACCUCAGGCUGCUUGGCGUUCUGUUGUUAUGGAGGUCACACCGCUGCCAACUGUUCCCUCUGCUGGACCUAGCAGCCCUACUAGUAGUUCUCUUAAUGGCGGUAACGGUGGUGGCGGCGGGGGCACCUAUUCCAGCGUCUACUACGAUUCUGUAAUAGCGGUUGAAGAGGAAGAGGAAGAAGAGUCUAAGGAUGGCGAUCCCCUUCCUCGGACUCAUUCGCUCCGGUCCAGGACUUCUCAUGAGCAGCUCUCUCGUUCACUUUCAAGCUUCUUGAUACACUCAACUUUCUCCGCCUCCAACACCACAGACGACUCAUACUUCCUUCGAAGUCGAUACGAUAGUGGUAGUGGCGGUGUUAGACUGCGUCAUUAUCGCAGUCUUGAUUGGCACUUUCGUGUUCGGCCGGAGGCAGUUGACCUCCCUUCCGUUCCAUGCUCUGCCGGUGACAAGGUGGCCUCCUUCCUUGAUCGCAGUUCUGUGACAACUCCUACAGCCGAAGUAACGGCACUGCCAGCGACGGUGGUGGUGGCGCGGAGCUACUCGUGUGCGGCCUCGACUCCAGCCAAUCAAGAGAAGGUGGAGGGAUUUGUCGUAGCCAAUCCUCGGGGUGUGACAGUGCCAUUGGGACGUGUCGCCUCGCCUCAUGAUCCGCCGCCAGUCGAACACGAGCAUCAGCAAUCCUUUGCCCCCUUGAAAUUCACCGGGGAAGUCGAUGAUGGCGUUGAAGAGGCGCUCAAUGCUCUCGAUGCAGUAACCAACGCAGGUUACUUUGCGGAGCCGGCGCCGACACCUGCCACAUCAGCGGCUGCGGUGGAGGUGGAAUCGGAGGAGCCCCUUCAAAGGGGUCAACCCAAACGGCGACGCAAUAGACGCCGAAAUUAA